AUGCCAGCUGUGGAUCGCCCUCAGGAGUUUGCUCCACCACGCCGUGCACUUGCAAGUUCCGGACAAGGAGUGACCACAGGCGUGGCCCCAGCAAAUCUUCUCUAUGGAUCGAGAGUGGGCAUAAGAUCUUGCGCGGAGCAGCGCUAUGUGGCAGCCUAUGCCGCAGCCGAAGGUGGCUUUGAUCUGGAUGUUUCGGGAUUCCACCCGCUGCGGCAGGGUGAUGCAUCCGAUCGUGGAGCCGACUGCCCAUCAGAGUGGGUAUUACUGCAGUUUAGCAGCCAGAAGCACCGCGGCAUCGUUUACCUGGGGGAUGAAGUAUGCUUCGCACGAGAGCUGCGAAUUGAGAAGCGGAAGGACCGCUUUGCAUACUUAGCUUUGGAGCCGAACUUGAACAGCGACAUGGAGCCAGUAAUUCGAAGGGUGACACCGGGGGAGGUCACGGAUGCAUGCAAAUGGACCCUCGUCCAUGCCGACGGAGAGAUGUCGGGCAAGCCAGUACAGUGCGACAUGCCGCUGCUUCUCCGUGGCAAGUACCACGAUUGUCUUGCUGUGGGCCGCUCGCUUUGGGGUACUGCGGUGUCCCCAGCACGAAGAUCUGGAAAAGCUUUGGUUUGCAAGGGGCGAGAUGCCCGUGUGCCGGAUCUUCGCUUUCGCAUUGUGAGGGCCGGAAUCCCUUUCAGCCCGGAACUUGCGAGUCCUUCGCAGCCUUCGCCACCGCCACCGCUACUGGGGCCUGAAGCAGAGGGCGAGCUUUUCAGUCAAAAGACUUUCGAAGAGCAGGAGCACUUGCUGUUGGAUGACCUGCUCUAUUGCUUACAAGGCUUCGAGGGCACAUUCAUUCGACAGAGCUCCAGUACUACGGAGCCCAUCUUUGAAGUGGAGGUGCCCCCAGGUGCCGAUACUUCGACUGCCCAAUUCGUUCAGCAGCUAUUGCCUCUGUGCAAUCAUCAUGCGAGUGUGCAACAGUUCGUUCGUCAGCACAGCAAGUAUGAGUAUGGCACGGUCAACCACGCAUUGUGUGCAGCACUGCGAGAUUUGCUGAAAGAGUUUGCCAGCAAGGUGGCUCGGUGGGAAGCAGCGUUUCGCGCUGGCGAACUGAGCUUGGCAGAGUUGUGGUACCAAUCCCAGGCUUCCAUGGACACCUUCGCCCUCUUGCAUCGAAUUACAGCGCAUGUAUUUGGCCAACUGGGCGGAGCUGUCUUGAAUGGAAUUGAAGAAGUGAUGACGAAGACCGGUCUUGCUGCAGCUCAAGAUCUGUGUGAACACCUACUGCAGCAGGCUUCGCGGCCGUACUUUGAUAUGGUGUCCCUGUGGGUCUAUGAGGGCCAGCUACAAGAUCCGUAUGGUGAAUUCUUCGUGUCUGAAAGCUCUCGAAUCCGUGAUGAACGAACUGGCGGUCCAGCAGCGGAUUUCUGGCAGAAGCACUUCACCUUGGAUGAGAGGGCUGUUCCUCAGUUCUUGGCAUCUGGCCGGGAACGUAUUCUUCAUGCAGGAAAGUACCUUCACAUCUAUUUUUCGGCAGCUGGCAGACAACUGGCAGAGCCAGCAGGAGGACGGGCACCCUUCCGCUACUCCCGGAGCCGGCGAGAUUAUGCCGAGGCCAUAGAUGUGGCAUACCGGCGUGCAGCUGCAGCUUUACUUGAUCUUUUCAUGAAGCCGCAGCCGGAAGGCCUCGACCUUCUGGGUCGGCUGAAGUCCCUGCGUCAUUUCUUCUUCCUCAGCAAGGCGGACUGGUUCGGACACUUCUUGGAUACCGCUGGAGAGCUGGAACGGCCUGCAGAAGAGAUACCAUUGGCCCGGUUGGAUGGCCUUCUUGAUUUGGCUGUGCGUGCGUCCUCUUUGGCUACCGACCCAUAUCGUGAAGACAUCUCCUGCGGCCUCCAUUCUUUUCGCGUGGAGGACGCAUGCCACAGAAUGGUAAAAGGAUCCGCUGAAGAUCCGGACAAGGAUGAAGCUUCCAUCUCGGGGGUUGCUGCCUCUGCACCUUCAGCCAGUGUCGGGAAUGAUGGCUCUGGUGUGCGAUGCCUCACGCUGAAGUACCGUACUGCUUGGCCUCUUUCAAUUCUGUUCUCUCGCACCAUCUUGUUGAAGUACCAGGUCAUCUUCCGACACCUACUCUACUGCCGCUACGUUGAACGGAAGCUUGUGGAAGUCUGGGUGGACCAUCAAUGCACCAAAGAGCUGGGCUUGGACUCUAGUUUCAGCCCGUACUAUUCUCUUCGGCAGCGGAUGCUGCACUUCUGCCGUGACUAUAUAUACUAUGUCACAGUGGAAGUCUUGGAGCCGAAAUCGCAUGAGUUCCUGGCAACACUGCGCCAAGCGGAGACAAUCGAUGAUGUGCUACAUUGUCAUGAAAGUUUUCUGGAAGCCUGCCUGCGCGAAGUUGUUCUUACCGAGAGAGACCUCUACAGGCAUCUCUCGAAAGUGUUGCAAACAUGCUUGACCUUCGCUCACAAUCUGCGGAGGUUUUCGCACAGUAUUGGGGUGGAGCCGUUGGAAGAGCCAAUGGAUGGGAAGACUCCUGCCGAGAGAAGGCUGGCAAAGGCGCGGCACAGCACGCAGCGAUAUCUAUCCCUUCUAUCACAGAGGCACUAUUCGAAGAUGAUGGCUAAAUGGAAGACCAUUUUUGAAAGCCAGCUGCAAGCAUUUCUGCGUCAGAUCCAGCAAGAGUCCAAAGCUCGGUAUGAGCACUUCCUGAGCAACUUGGCGACACGCCUUGACUACAACGACUACUACUCCUCGGUGCUGACAGGCCAGCCUGACAUGCCACCUCCGUGA